CUUAGACUUGAGGGUCUAUCCACCUGUUGCACUUCUCUUUCUUGCCAACAUGAAUGUGCCACCAACACGGAGGAUUGUCCUCCUCGGGAAAACGGGAGCUGGAAAAAGCAGUGUUGCAAACACUUUAUUUGGAGAAACCACGUUCAAAAUGGGCCAUUCCCCUGACUCAGAGACAAGCAUUUGCAAAGCCAAGUCCAAACUCAUUAACAGAAGAUCCAUAACUUUGGUUGACACGCCCGGCUUCUUCGACACAAGCAGAUCAGAAGAGGACACGAAGCCCAACAUACUGCAAUGUAUUGUUGAGUGCGCUCCUGGGCCUCAUGCCUUUAUCGUUGUGCUUAAAGUGGAGAAAUUCACAGAUCAUGAAAAGUCUGUCAUCGAAAACAUGUUCCAGUAUUUCUCCGAGGAAGUUUUACGAUAUGCUGUAAUUCUUUUCACUCACGGUGACCAACUGCUGGAGGAAAUGAAAAUUGAAGAGUUCGUCAGUCAGAGCAAAUGCCUGGCUGAUCUCGUUCAGAAGUGUGGAGGCCGAUGCCACGUUAUAGAUAAUAAAUACUGGAAUAAUGAGGCAAAGAAUAAAUACAGGAGCAACAAGUUCCAAGUGGAACAACUUCUCAAAACCAUUGAUGAUAUAGUGAUGCAAAACAAAGGUGAUUAUUACACUAAUGAUGUACUACAAGCAAUAGAGACAGAAAUACAGAAAGCAGCUGAGAGCAUUAAACAAACAUCAGUGACUAUGUCUUCAGAAGAAGCCAGGGAAAGAGCUAAAAGUGGAGUCUAUAAACAGCAUGUGGCUAAAUUUGCACGCAUCGCAGGUAAAGGCCUGCUAAUUGCAGCUUUGCUUGGCGGUUCAGAGUUUGCUCCACUUGUACCUCUAGCUAUAAAAGGAGUCAGUACAAUCAAACAAGCAGCAAGGAAGAAGAGAAUAGAAACAGUGUCAAAGGAAGAAACAAGUAAAGGAGUAACUGCGGUAAAGGCAGGAGGAAAAGCACAAACACAGUCAGUAUCUACACCGAAUAAAGGAACUCCAACAAAAGAAACAGCAGUGGAAAAGAGCAUUGCUGGAGCAAAAACGGGAGCUGAUAUUUUCUCAAAACUACUUAAAAUUUUUAGGAAGACAAAUGAAGAGGAAGUGAGCGCAUCAAUAACAGAUGAAGCAGCGACACUGGAAGAAGAAGCCGAAGAUGCAGAAGUAGAAGAUGGAACAGAGGAACUAGUCGAAGAAGAAACUGGGACUGCAGAAGUUUUACCAACUAUAGAAACAGACGUGCCAGUAGAAGAAGAAGAAACUGAUGAAGGAAAAGUAGAAAUGACACAAGAGGUGACAACAUCAAUGACAGGAGAAACACCAGAAGUGGCAGCAGCAGCAGAAGCAGCAGAGGGGGCAUUAACAACAGUCAACGAUGUAAUGGAUGGAGCAGUACUGGCAGGAGAAGGAGCAGCUGCGUUGACAACAGCAGUCGAAGAAGAAACAGUUGGGGCAGUGCUGUCAGCAGCAGAGGAGGCAGCCGAGGAAGUAGCGUUGUCUGCAGUGGGGGAAGCUCUUUCAGUAACAGCGCUGGUAGAUGGCAUGGCUGAAGCAUCAAUUGAAGGAGUGGAAAUGGAAGUAGUAGAAGGAGCUGCUGGAGUAGCUGCAGAGGCAAUAGAUGGAGUCGUACAAGUGAUGGAUGUAGCUGUUAAGGUAGCUGAAAGCUGUUGCAUACAGUGAAUCAACCUGCACCAACAGAAUUUCUGCUUUCAGCGAUUCAUAAAAGUAACUCGACUAUUUCUAUUCAAAUUAUUGUAACACUGGCAACGAUGAUGUAAUCACUUACAUCCUUGUAGUGUUUGGUAUGGGUUAUAAUUUAGAUCUAGUUGAGGUUCGCUCUUAAUCCAAAAAAACCCAAACAUUUAAGACAUUGUUGCUAACAUUUUUGGCUUUACUUUUGUGUUUUUAAAAUGGACAGUAUUUCAA